AUGGAUAUCGAAUGUGAUAUUAGAAAAAUUAAUAAAUUAAAUUAUAAUAAUGAAAAUGAAAUUUAUAAAUUAAAAAAAUUAAAUCAUCCAUCAAUUAUAAAACACUAUGAUAUUGAUGAAAAAAAAAGUGAAAAAAAUGUUAUAAUUUAUCAGGAAUCAAUUAAUGGUGGAAUUUCAAUUGAUAAAUUUGAUAAUAAUAAUUUUUUCUCACAAGAAGUUAUUAGAGAAAUUUGUGAACAAAUUUUAUUAGCUUUACGUUUUAUGGAUAAUCAUCAAAUUGUACAUAGAGAUUUAAAUUGUUCAAAUGUCAUUAUUUUUCCAGAAACUCUUACAAUUAAAAUAAUUGAUUUUGGUGUUACAAAAACUAAUUUUUUAAAUCAAGAUUAUCAAUCACCUGAAGUUUUAAAAUCAAAUAAUUUUACUCAUAAAUCCGAUAUUUGGAGUUUUGGUUUUAUUUUAUUAAAAAUGAUAGAUAAAUCUUUAAAUAAUAUUCCUGAUGAUUUACCAACUGAACAAUUUGAUUUCUUACAUAGUUGUUUAGCAACUAAUUUAUCUGAUAGAUUAGAUGCACAAACUUUAUUACAUCAUCCAUUUAUAAUUAAUAAACCAAUUUUAAGAUUUUCAAAAUCUAUGAAAUUAAUAUCAUCACCAAAAAAACAGUUUGAAUUGGUAAAUAAAACUGAACAUGAAAUUAUUCUAUUAACAAAUGGAACAUCAGAAACAUUUUAUUUAAAUAAAAAUGAAUCUUGCAAAAUAAAAAUUUCAACAAUUGAUUUAUACAUUGGUGUAAGAUUCGAUGAUGGUGCCAUUUUAUCAAGCCCCCGACCAACAAAAUUAAUUGAACAAGAAGGCACUGAUAUUAAUUCUUUUAUAAUUGACCAAUCAUGUCUAAUGGCUCAUAAUAUUACCUUCCCAAAUAUUUCUUUCUUUGAAAGUAUCAGUGAAAUUAUUUAA